GCCUGAGGCAACAAGGCUUUUCCGGCAAUUCUUACCGAUUUUUGUACGGUGACUCCAAAGAGAGCACCAGCAUGUCCAGAAAAGCAAGAUCCAAACCUAUUAAUCUGUCAGAUGACAUCAGACCGCGUGUCGCCCCCUUCGAGCAUCAUACCGUUAACAAAUACGGGAGAAAUUCGUUCAUGUGGCUGGGCCCAAUACCGAGGGUGCUCAUAAUGAACCCAGAACAUAUAAGGGAGAUAUUUAACAAAACGCCUGACUUCCUAAAGCCCAACUCAAACCCAAUAGCGAAGUUAUUUUUCUGUGGAGUUGCAACUUAUGAAGGCGACAAAUGGGCCAAACAUAGAAAACUUCUCAACCCAGCUUUCCAUCAGGAGAAAUUGAAGCUCAUGUUACCAGCACUUUACCAAAGUUGUAGCGAUACGAUAGGCAAAUGGGAGAAAUUGGUAUCUGCUGAUGGAUCUUGUGAGUUAGAUGUGUGCCCUGAUUUCGUUUGUUUGACAAGUGACGCCAUUUCUCGAACCGCAUUCGGAAGCAACUAUGAGGAAGGAGAAAGAAUUUUCAAACUACAACAAGAACAAAUUCAAUUGACAGCGCAAGCAUUGCAGUCAGUUUACAUUCCUGGGUGGAGGUUUCUUCCAACCAAGAUAAAGAACAGGAUGAAGGAAGUUGAAAGGGAAGUAAGGGCCAUAAUGAAAGGUCUCAUCCACAAAAGAGAGAAGGCAGUGAAAGCCGGUGAGGCAGCCAAUGAUGACUUGUUGGGUAUUCUUUUGGAGUCAAAUCUUGGAGAAAUUAAAGAACACGGAGGAAGUAAGGCUGUUGGAAUGAGCAUGGAUGAUGUGAUUGGAGAGUGUAAGCUAUUUUACUUCACCGGACAAGAGACUACUUCCAAUACCCUCAGUUGGACAAUGGUUCUACUGGCACAACAUCAAAAUUGGCAAUCUCGUGCAAGAGAAGAGGUAUUAUCGAUCUUUGGCAACAACAAACCAGAUUUCGACAACUUGAAUCGCUUAAAAGUUGUAACCAUAAUUUUAUACGAGGUUCUCAGACUCUAUCCAGCAGCGACUAUGCUUACUCGGUCUACAUGGAAGGAAACAAAGCUAGGAAAUUUGACGCUACCUGCUGGGGUUCAACUUGUAAUGCCAACAAUUCUUGUUCACCAUGAUCCUGAAUUUUGGGGAGAUGAUGCCAAGGAUUUUAAACCGGAAAGGUUUGCUGAUGGAGUCUCAAAGGUGACGAAAAAUCAAGUCUCUUAUUUUCCUUUCGGAUGGGGUCCUAGAAUUUGCAUUGGACAAAACUUUGCUCUAAAUGAGGCAAAAUUGGCCAUCGCAAUGAUUCUACAACGCUUUUGGUUCGAACUUUCCCCUUCCUAUGCCCAUGCUCCUGCCCUUUCUCUAACUUUUCGUCCACAGCAUGGAGUUCAUUUGAUCUUGCAUAAAAUGUAGCUCAAGCUGUAUUACAAUUCUAAGUAGACUUGUUAAAAUUAAAAUGAAUAAACUUCACUUUUACUU